UAUCGUAAUCGAUAAAUAAAUAUUUUAAAGUAUAAGUUUGCAGGUCCCCGACAGCGUAAUUACUAAAUACAUAUCACCGGACGUCGCGACUCCCACCAUCCAAGUUUUGUACAAGUGGUUUCUAUGAUCAAGUCCAGGAACGGUCUGACGGCCGCUGGCCUGUCGGUUUUGGGAACUUUUUUGGUCCUGUUGGCGUUCACGACGAAGAGCUGGUUGGUCACGGAUGGGAAAUUAAAGAACCCAGAAUUCGAAAGACUUGGUCUAUGGGUAGUAUGUUUUAAAGGUUUUAAGGACCCUCGCCAUUGGUACGACACAAGAUUCCAUAAUUGUUGGUGGGUGUUUGAAGAAGAAUAUUAUACCAUCUCUGAUAUUGUAUUUAAAGAUUUUUACAUUGCUACUCAGUUUUUCUUUACGGAUUGUGUUUUCUUAACAGUGUUUGGCUUAUUCUACACUAUAGUUUAUGUGUAUCUAAAUAGAGCUUAUAUAGGUUAUGUUAAAAUUCUUUUAUCAGCUGGAAUACUUAACAUAGCUGCAGCUAUAUGCAGUAGUAUUGCUCUGAUAAUAUUUGGAGUAUAUGGAAAAAACAGACAAUGGAUGCCACAUUGGGAACAUAAUGAUAUAGGAUGGAGCUAUGGAGUAGCAGUCGCAGGAACUAUUGCCCUUUAUGUCAGUGGAGUAUUGUAUGUAAUAGAGCAACAGCUACACAAGGUUAAACCCGAAAACAUGGCUACUCAAAGAGCCAAUUAUAACUAUGAAGCUAAUGACUUGAUACAUUCGUCUCUUACUGCUGUAUAAAAUCUCAAAUUUCAUUUUCAAAUAUCCAGAAACAGCAUUUAUACGUUUUCAUUAAUUUAUCAUUAAUAAAUAUUUACAGUGAGCACUUAUUAAACAAAGAUUCGUUAACAUUCUUUAAAUGUCUGCAUAAACUUUGCAUAGAAAACCCUUGGUGUUUGUUUUAAAUAACAAAUAUUA